AGUGAACCGUUACUCCUCUACUGGCCAUUGAAGAGCAUCCUUUCUCUGCCUCGUGAAACUCUUGGGCUGCCUUUGCAGUUUUCUUUGGCUCGUUAUCCGUCUGCUCUGUGACGCUCUGUCCGAUCAACUCUGCAGCAUCUGUCCGACUGUGAGCGGAGAGUAUAGCCCGGAGCACUUCACACUUGAUCCUGCUGCUCCACAUGCCCGUGAUAUGACCUCCACCAUGUUAGGCAGAUGAUGUGCUUUUAGAAGACAUCUGCACUACAAUGGAUUUCCUACUUGGACUUUUAUUCACCCUGCUGUUUGUGUCUGAUUCAAAACUUGUGCACAGUGUCAACACCACUAUCAUGGAUUCAGCACUCCUGCUGUGUAGGACGUCUGAAAAGAUCACGGACUUGCGUAAUCUUCGGUUUUACUGGCAAGACGACAGGAAGAAGGUUUUAUACUCCUUCAAUAAAGGAGAGGAGAUGCCCGGGCAUAUAAGUGACCGCUACCUGAAGCGGGUCUCAGCCUUCCCACAGGACAUGAUCACAGGAAACAUUUCAGUCUUACUCAACAAUUUGACUCUGGAGGAUAACGGGAGGAUCUUUGAGGCAUACACUACAGUUUUUACUGGCAGCGAGACGACAAUACUGCAAACCACACAGGUUUGCCAGAUAAACCUGUAUGUAACAGUGCCCUACAAGGACAUCAGGCUGGCUGUACACACUGACACAAUGACAUCAGUGUGUACUGUGCACGGCGGAUUUCCAGCUCCAGAGAUAUACUGGACCGCUCACCACAACGGCUCUGAGUCCCUAGUGGACCCGAGGGACGUCCACACGACAACAGCGCAGGACCCCGAAAGCCUCCUGUACACUUCCAGCAGCACUCUGCACAUCCCUGCAGGUCCUCACCAGGCCCUGACCUGUCUGUGCCACAAUCCCACUCUGAAUGCGACUCUGAACACCACCUACACUCUCAGCAAAGGUGCAGCAGUCUGGAGUUUACCUGGUCGCUCUGCAGGUCUCACAGUGGCUGCUGCUCUCCUUCUAACAGCCCUGCAGCAGCUGUAGUUCACACGGGAUGGUCUGGUUUUGGCGCCAGACGACUCCGGCUGGUUCGGGAGGGUCAGAGUGUAAAUUAUGCCACACUACUCCAACGUUAUAGGAAACCCAAAGUAGAGAUGUUUGAAAAUGCUGCCGAUCCAGUCUCAGUCUGACGGGCAGCGAAUGUGGAAGGAGCCGCACAGACUGAGUUUCAUUAGUCACAAAAAUGAAACUUUUUCACCAGAGUGUUUAACACACCCCUGGAGGGUGGAUGGAGAAGAACUGUACUGGUGCUGAUCUUCAAGAUUGGGAGAUGUGCGGAGCUGCAGUAACUACAGAGAUGAAGCUGAUGAGCCACGAGGAUCUGGGAAAGAGUUGUUGAAGCGAGGCUGAGAAGACGGUGACGGUCAGUGAGCAGCAGUGUGGCCUUAUCCUGAAGAACAUCUUUGUCUUCAGUGAUGGGAUCAGGACCUGCUGGCUGAGGACUGAAGGCCUUUGCAGUCUCAGAUCUGUGGAUUCUUUUGGAAAGCAGAUAAAAACUCAUGUCUUUAAACUUUUGGGUAACCUUUUGUAUUUAUGUUUGAAGCACUUUGUGAUAUUUAUCUUGUAAGCUGCUAUAUGAAUACAUUUUUAUUUUACUCAUAUUUCUGUUUAUUUUAUCAUUUACAGUUUUGUCAUCUUUUAACUUCCUGCUGCUGUUUUUAGUUCGUUCUGGUGCUGAUGGUUCCUGUAAAGUCCACGUAUCCCUUCACUCCCAGAUAAACGUACAGAUUUUUCCUCGGGUCUGUGCCGCUGUUUAUGCGUCUGGAUUGGUGCAGUUCUGGAAAUGUUUCCUGUCAGUCAGUCUGAUGGUGCUCGCCCUCUGAUGCAGGAACUGUUUUAAUUUAUUUAUUGUUGCUUGAACUCUUUCAAUGAACUGCACUCCCCGCUCUUCCUGUGAUGACGGGCUCCUAACAGCGUGACAGGAUGUAAACGGCGGACCGAUGACCUCAGUUGUGAUGUAGACAAAAAACAAACAAUAGUGGAGGAGAGUGCUGGAUCAGGGUGUUAAUGGACCUUAAUGACUUUAUACACUGCUGGGGUUCUUCAUCUGUAAUAAUAAAGCAAAAGUAAAGUUUAAGGAAAUCUGACAAAUCUGGAGAUGGUGGACGGGACAACAAGUUAAUCUUUGCUCUAAACAUCGAGAUGAUUGGAAUGAAGCCCUCACAGGUCUCCAGGAGGACGGCAGGCUGUGGGAAUCAGAAUGAAACACAUUUGCUUCCUUAUUGUCCUUGUUAAGAAUACCUCAAUUUAAAGGUACUUUUUGUAUUUACCCUCUGCAGACUGUAACUUUCACCAGCAGGGGGCAGCGUUUCACGCGUGGGUGUGUUAAGAUGUUUGCAGAUGUGUUCUUGCACAUGUCUCUCUUUAGUCUUACCUCCUUUU